GGUUUCGUUUCUGGCAGAAAAGGAGUAGAAAGAAAAAGCUGUGGUGAGGAGGGGGAGAGAAAUAGGAAGUGAAAAUGAAAUACGACUCAAAGAUCGUGUAUUGUCGCGAAGAGAGUUUCAAAGAAGGAGUUAUUUUUUGUAUAUAUUUAUUCCUUUUUUCAUUUUUUUUAGACUUGAUCAUUUUUUUUUAUUAUUUUUAUGUAUUAUUUAAAAUAAUAAAUAAUGUAAUAGUAAAAUGGCGGAAUUGUGUGACUUAACAUUUUUCAUUUAUGCCUAAGUAAUUACAACAUAAAUUGGUGUAUUUGACGAAUACUUACUAAAAGUUAAUUUGAACAGUACGGAUAAAAUACAACAUAAAAUGCAGCUUCAAAACGAAACAAUUUACGUUCACAGUUCAAUUUUGUACUGAUGAGACCGAUGUUUUCGACGGUAAGAAAAAGGGAUCAGAGUGAGAUGUCUUCGCGUCAUGCUUUUCAAGGAGAGCGCUCAGCAGAGCGAUGACGCCGCCCGGGACCGAUCCAAAACGAGAGCAGGCGAGCUGAAGGGGGAUUUCCAUCUCGAACCUUCACUUCCCGAAGCGGCAGUUGUUUUGCUUUCGGUCUGGGUGCAGAAACAAAAAUAAAACAUCGGUAACCUGUUUUUUUCCCCCGUCUCCUUCACGCCUCGAACUACUUUUUCCCAACUUCGGCGGGGCCCUUUUUUCUGUAUUUCGUCCGCAGAGGUGUCAUUCGGCUGGCAGUCCAAAGCGAAAAAAAGGUAAUAUUUUAUUUCCGCAUGUUGACGGCUACGCCGUUACAACGCACACCGACUUCCCACCGGACGACAUGACAGACCCGUAGCUCUGCCACAAUGCCAGUUGAAAGAAUGCGGAUGCGGCCGUGGCUGGAGGAACAGAUCAACUCCUGUCAGAUUCCGGGGCUUAAAUGGGUGAACAAAGAGAAAAGGAUCUUCCAGAUCCCGUGGAUGCACGCUGCUCGCCACGGCUGGGACCUGGAGAAAGAUGCUCCGCUCUUCAUGCGAUGGGCCAUACACACUGGCAAAUACCAGCCCGGUAUAAACCGUCCGGAUCCAAAGACGUGGAAGGCCAACUUCCGCUGUGCCAUGAACAGCCUGCCAGACAUCCAGGAGGUGAAGGAUAAAAGCAUCAAAAAGGGAACCAACGCCUUCCGAGUUUAUAAAAUGCUCUCAUACGCAGAGAGAAACCUGAAGAAAGGAAAGAAGAAGACAGAUAAAGAGGGAAAGCCAAAGGCAUCUCCUCCGUAUCCUGAUGGAACAAGUCUUGAAUCUUACUCCGGGCUUGCUGACUCGAUCAAGAAGGAAGAGACAUCUUCUUUGUAUCCAGAUGGAACGAAUCUUGAAUCUUACUCUGGGCUUGCUGACUCUAUCAAGAAGGAAGCAGUGAUUGACAGUCCCUCAGAAAUUCACAGUCCAGCAGACGACCAUUUGCUCAACAGCGAGCACCUGCCGUACGUCUGCCAGACAAUAGAGGUGACCACCGAGAACGAGGAGCAGACCGUCAGCUCCUCCCACUCGUACCCGCUCCAGAUCUCCCCCGUGUCCUCGUGCUGCGGUAGCGACACAGAAAGUGAUACAGAGGACGUCAAAGAGAGUGGUAAUCCGGCUUGGAAAGGAGACGGCGGCUCAUCGGUUCUCAGGAUCCCCUCGUGUUCCCUCCCGGGUAUGGUCACUUUUGUGAACCCCAACAAGCCCAACUUCAGGAUAACAAGCACCAGAGACCCCAGGCCGCUCAUCAGCUACCACCUCGACGGCUGGACGCCGAGCUACAGCCAGAACCCCCUCACCCCCACAUCCAGCAGCCACAGUCACGAGAUGCGUGCCAGCGUCAUUAGGAAAACCUCCGACAUCACCUCCUCCUCCUGACCUCGCAUCACGACUUAAAAAGCACAGAAAUGACAGAACUUGUGGCUUGUCCAUCAAAAAAGAAAAAAAAAGAAAAAAAAAAAGGGGUGAAAGCUUCCAAACUUUAGAUUUUCCCCCCUCCUCUUUUGUGUCUGGUCCCUCAGUGGCUUCCCGUCUUUUCUGGCUGUUGUGUUCCACUAUGUGGCGAGAAAGGAAAACUGAAGCCUCAAUCAUCCAUGUGGCGCCGGUACAUCACCUGACCUCAGGGGAAUCCCUUUACUGCCAUCAACACCUGUUGUUUUUCAAAGUUCUCAGCGUUGUUUACUCUCCACCUUUUUAACUUAAUCUUCUUUUAGCUUCAAAACGGGCAGUUUAAGAACUUUUUCUAACUAAAUGAAACAUUUUCUGUGAAUUUGCAUUCUGAAAGCUGCAGCCCAGGUCUUCAGGUUUCUGAGUCACACCUGAUGGAACAGUGUGUAACAGCUACUGACAUCUAGUGGUGGGGUUGGGGUAUAGCACGUCGUUUGAUUGAAUCAUUAGUGCUGUUUGAAUGCAGAAGUGAAACGCUUAAAAGGUUUCCUGAUCGUUGGCACAACUUUUAAGUCAGAUUUUAAUGCACUCAGAUGACUAAACUUAGCAGUUAUUGCUUCUUUUGAGGCAAAUUGGGAAUCUGAAAGAUCCCAAUAAACAAAAUCUAUGCAAAUUGUUUUUUUUUUUAAAUAUUUUUAAUCUUGUGUACACAUAUUGCUGCGUUAUAGCUGCUAUAAAAAUAACUAUUAUGUUGUAAAUGAUUAAUAAUGUACUGUUUGUGUGGAUUAAUUGUAGUCGUUACACGCUGUUCCUUUAGCUCGCGGCUGCGGUAAAGGGUUUACCGGGGACACAUGGAUGGACCAAAGACAAGGAAGUCGUCUCAAACUACAGAUAUAUGAAGCGGCUUCAUGGUGGCGAAUCUUUGUGGCUUUAAAGGAACUGUGGGGAUGUCUCCUCCUUCGCCUCCUGCUGUUUCUUCCAAAUCCACUGUUUGUGAUGAGAACGGAGACCUUACUGACGUGCCUUUUUAACAAACUGUGCUCAAUCCUAAAUAUCUGUUUUUAAAGAUUCCUAAGUGAGAUCUAUAAAACUAAAUGUGAGUCAUGUUGCUUUUAUUACAUGGGAGAGGGAAGUGUGUGCUUCAAGCAGAGGUUUUGUGUGUCGUUUUUGUUGUUGUUGAGGAAAGAACGGACGUGUUUGGAUCUUCUAAAGUUCGCUGGAGCACGGCGAGCAGUAGGAACACCUCAAAGAAUUUAAAUCAGUUGAAAUGAUUUCAUUGUCAGCUGCUGAUGUUUGUGAUUUGAACGAACGUUUGUGGUUUUUAAUAUUGGAGGGGACAUCACGGUCCAACACUGAAAUAUUCAACCUCUUCAGGACACUUCAUUUCUGCUAUGUCUGUGAAAUGUCAUUACUUGCAAAGAUGUAAAAUUCAAGUCGGCUCUAGUUGCUCGAUAUGCUGAAAACCACACGUGAAUUAGCGGAAAUAAAAUGUUUUUUUGUAUUUA